AUGACCACCACCUCUCUACCCAACGGUGUCCACCCCGAACCCUCACUCACCGAUGGCACCGACACACCUACACAUCGCGCAAUCAACAUAUUAAAGUUUGGAGGCACCAGCGUGGGCAAGUUCCCGCUCGACAUUGUGAACGUGGUCAAGACCAGUGCCCUGGAAAAUGAUGUGGCUAUUGUGUGCUCGGCGAGAUCAAGUAGUACAAAAGCCGCCGGGACGACGAACCGACUUUUACGAGCAGCGACCGAAGCCGAAAACCAUCGAGAAUUCAGACAAUUAAUAGACGCCGUCCGAGUCGACCAUAUUGAAACUGCCGAUUCUUAUAUCCAGUCUCAGAAAAUAUGCGCCCGGUUAAGAAAGGAAAUCGAGGAUGAAUGUUCUUUGGUCAUUCGGAUACUGGAGGCCGCCCAGACCUUGGGCGAAACCAGCCCAAGAUCGCGGGACAAGGUGAUGAGCGCGGGGGAGAAACUCAGCUGUCGAUUCAUGGCAGCUCUGUUGGAGGACCGAGGAAUUGAAGCCGAAUAUAUCGAUCUCGCGGAUGUCAUCGACUUCAAAGUCAGCCACAGUCUCGAUCAGGAAUUUUACGAUAAUGUGGCCGACAGACUCGGCAGGAGACUACAAAAUGUCGCCGGCAAGGUCCCUGUGAUCACCGGUUACUUUGGUGCCAUUCCGCGUGGCCUCCUCAUGACGGUCGGUCGGGGUUACACCGACCUCUGUGCCGCUCUGGUGGCCGUCGGUGUCAAGGCCAAUGAGUUGCAGAUAUGGAAGGAAGUCGACGGCAUCUUCACCGCCGACCCACGCAAGGUCCCUACCGCCAAACUAAUCCCUCAGAUCAGCCCUGCAGAGGCCGCCGAACUCACCUUCUACGGCUCUGAGGUCAUCCAUCCCUCCACCAUGGACCAGGUCAUCCGGGCACGGAUACCGAUACGUAUCAAAAACGUCAUGAACCCCAGAGGAGGGGGGACGGUCAUCUACCCUGAUACGCCAUCCGAGCUGAACUCUGCGUUGUCGGGCCACGACCCCAAACUGUUCAGGUCACGGAGUGCAACUUACCUGAGCGAGCGGAAGAGGCCCAAGCGGCCCACGGCGGUGACGAUGAAACACAGGAUCUUGGUGAUGAACAUCCACUCGAAUAAGCGGGCACUGUCUCACGGGUUCUUUGCGGGCAUAUUCGCCACGUUGGACAAGUGGCGGCUCUCGGUGGACGUGAUCUCCACCAGCGAGGUCAACAUGUCCAUGGCCUUGCAUUCGGAAGCACCACUGUACACGGGAGGAGGCGAUGAUGAAUACCAGAUUGUGGAUCAAGAUCUGCGCGGUGCCAUAGACGAGCUGAAAAGCUUUGGCACGGUUGAUAUCAUCCCGGACAUGGCCAUUGUCAGUCUGGUGGGGAAGCAGAUGAAGAACAUGGUUGGCAUUGCCGGCAGGAUGUUCUCUACGUUGGGGGAGAACAAUGUGAACAUUGAGAUGAUCUCACAAGCAGGAGCCAGCGAGAUUAACAUCUCAUGCGUGAUUGACGAGCGUGACGCGGACCGGGCGUUGAACAUCCUGCACACGAAUCUCUUCACCUUUCUCGAAACAUGA